AUGAAGCUCUGGAUUCUCGCCUUCUCCUCCCUAGCUCUGCGCGCCUCGGCCGCACCUCUCGCACAAGAAGACGAACCAGCAUGCACCCGCGAAGCCCUCAUCGAAGCCGCCGACGCCUACAUCGCCGCGCAGACCGAAGGCUCGCUGGACGCGCUCGCCGCCUUCCUCGCCGAAGAAUGGAUCUACUGGGAAGACAACGAGGAGAUUGACCCGUCGACCUCGGUGCUCGCCACCAAGGCGCUCAAGCUCGACCACCGCCGCACCAACGCCGACGUGGUCGAGUGCGCGUCCUACACGGAAAUCAUCUCGGCCGACCCGGCCAAACCCUACGUGAUCGGCACGCAGAUCCGGCACGGCGCGGACCUGAAAAUCACCAAGAUCGACAGCGUGGCCUCGACGACCAACUCGUGGGUGUUUGACGCCAAGAAGACACUCGACUACGUCGUCAAGGAGGACUGGUUCGAGAUUCCCGAGGCGGACUGGGAUGACCGGGACGUGAUCAAGGCGGCGGGGACGCGUACAUGGACGUGUGGAGUAAUGCGACGGCGGCGGACGCGGUGCCGUGGGGUACGCCGUGCACGCGGCUGGAAGGGUCGGCGUACACGGGACGGGGCACGCCGCAGGAUUCGUGCUCGGUGGGGUUGCCGACGAACCAUAACCAGGCGCCGAACUCGAAUAGGAGAUACGUGGUGGAUCAGGUGA